GUGUGAAGAUGUAUAGACCAGUUCGAGACAAAACGAAUUAACUGCGCAACCUGUAAAUGAUGGAAAAUCUGGUUUCCAUCCAUACAAGUGUCGAACUGAGUCAAUAUGAGACAAUGAAGUGGACGUGUUAAGGUUCCAGUACAACAUUUGCAGCGCUUCCUUCAGUUCGUAAUUUGGCGUGUGUACGGCGAACGGACGGCCAUGUCUUUUGUGGACACUCUGCGUCUGUGGGACGAGGCGGUCACCUGUGUUGACAAAGAGGACCUGUCAGAGGCACUCAGGAUUUUCCUCUCGAUAGAAGAACCCAACUCCAAGAUCUGUUUCAACAUGGGCUGCCUCCAUCUCCUUAAAGAAGACCUGGAUGCUGCCGAAAAGGCUUUUGAUAACAGCAUACGCAAGGACGAACAUUUGGCCGUUGCCUUCUUUCAAAGAGGAAUCGCCUUUUACAAAAAGAACAAGUAUGAAGAAAGCUUGGGUGAUUUCCAGCGUGCCUUCAAAGCUCUAAGGGGAAACCAGCUGAUUGAUUACAAAGCACUUGGUCUCAGAUACAAAUUAUAUGCAUGUGAUGUUCUCAACAAUAUGGCACUGGCCGAAGCAGAACUGGGCAACUGGGAAACGGCCCAGGAGAACCUGGUGAAGGCUCUGGACUACAAGAUCGAGGCCAAGCUCAACGCCAUCGACAAAGCUCUGCAGUCAACACUGAAACAGAAACUUUUCAAACUGGUGGAGUUCCCGUCCAAAGUUCUGUUCAAACCAAAUAAGCACUAUGUGGCCGAGCUGGAGAAGAAAGACUACUUGGGCAAAGCAAAGGUGGUUGCCUCAGUUGUUCCUGCGGAUGAGUUCUCCGGCUUCGCUCCGUUACAGCCCCAGACUGAAGAUGGGCCAACGUUUCCGAAGGAACCUGAGGUUAUUAGGGCUUUGGAAGGAGAUCCCCACACCGUCCUGUUCGAGUUUGUUCCCGAAACCAGUGAUGAGCUGUCCGUGGUGCCGGGCAACAUAGUGUUUGUGCUGCAGAGGGGAGACGAUAACUGGGCGUCUGUGGUCUUCAACGACAGAAGAGGACUUGUUCCGUACAACUACUUGGAACCUUUAGAGUUGGCAUCUAAACAGAAUGAGGAAAUUAGAAAGGCCCCCAAUCAAAAGCCGCCGACCAGGCCUCACAGGAAACCAGGUUUGACUCCUUUUGAAGAUGUCAACAAAGACAGGAAAUCUAAGGAUCUUGUAUCUGCUGAUGACAGUCGUGUUAUCAAAAUCCAUCACACAUUCAGCUUCGCCGUGUCGGUGCCGGCAGAAUUUUCCUACGACAUGCUGAUUGAAAAAGGACUAUUUAGUUUAAGCUCUGAAGCCGAUGAACAAAGUGCAAUCAGGGACAACACGGACAUGGAGCGCAUGUGGCAGCAGCCCAGUGGGAGAUGGAUCACCCUGUGGUGCAACACGAAGGAGCCAACUAGUGAGAAGUCACACGACAUUCAGUUGGUGGCGCUCCAUUCCUACAAAUCAUCAAAUCCUGAAGAUCUCAAUUUUGUCCAAGGGGAUACGAUUACUCUGUUGUCCAGAGUGAACCAGGACUGGCUGGAAGGACAGUGCAGCGGACACACCGGGAUAUUCCCAGCAUCCUUUGUGGAAGAAAUAACUACAAAAUGAGUAUUUCCUGGACAGGCAAUAGCUAUGCCUCUCCUGCCCUCUGCUGCUUUCACCACAGGGGUCUCACCCAACUUCUGCUCCAAGCCACGCCAGCUUCGUUCCGCCAAAAAAGAUGCUGCACACAGAAGGUCAAAAGUUCAAGAGUAAUACCAUGUCUAUUUAUAUAUCUACUUCUUAAUAGGGAAAUAUAAUAAUAGUUAGUAUUAUUAAUGUGUUGUGUUCCUUCACUUCUUAUUGCUAGAAAUGUUAAAUAAAUACUUUUGAGAACUUCCUGAA